AUGGCCCACCCCUACGAGCCCUGGCUGCGGGCGGCGCCUCCCGGUGGCGGUGGCGGCUCCGACGACAUGAACAUCCCGUCCUGGUGGGACCUGCACCGGGACGUGCAGGCAGGGGGCUGGAUGGACCUGCAGCCGGGCCCGGGGGCCGGUGGCCCCGGGGGGGCCCUGGGCCUGCCGGGCUCCCUGGGGCCGUACGGCUCCGACCCCCAGCUCUGCGGCCUGGCGCCCCCCCAGCAGUCGCCCCACCUCUUCCCCCCCGACGGCUUCAAGAUGGAGCCGCUGGCGCCGGAGCUGCAGGCCGAGCCCUUCAUGCUGGACGACCCGCCCGAGGCCUCGGCGCCGGCCCGGCCCAAGCCGCCGCGCCGCUCGGCCUCGCGCGGCGCCGGCCAGGCCGCCUGCCGCUGCCCCAACUGCCUCCACGCCGAGCAGAUGGGCCACGGCGCCGACGACGGCCGCCGCAAGCACCUGCACAACUGCCACAUCCCGGGCUGCGGCAAGGCCUACGCCAAGACGUCGCACCUGAAGGCGCACCUGCGCUGGCACAGCGGCGACCGCCCCUUCGUCUGCAACUGGCUCUUCUGCGGAAAGCGCUUCACGCGCUCCGACGAGCUGCAGCGCCACCUGCAGACGCACACCGGCGCCAAGAAGUUCAGCUGCGCGCUCUGCCCGCGCGUAUUCAUGCGCAACGACCACCUGGCCAAGCACAUGCGCACGCACGAGUCUCCGCCGGCGCCGCAGGGCGAGGACCGCGCUAACGGGGACAAGGCCUUCCCGGGGGCGCCGGCCGCGCCGCCGCCUGACGCCAACGAGCCCCAACUCAAGCUGAAGUGUGAGACGGACCCGUCGGCGUCCGGCGUCACCGGGCAUUCUGGGUAAUCUCCCCUGCCGCCCCUCCUCCGUCAGUAGAGUAGAGAGUAGACGAGGCCGGACCGGCGCUGGACCGGCGCCGCCGCCUCACCGGAACAAAGAUGGAGGUCGCUGCGGU